AUGCCAACAGCAACCAGAACAAGUGUAUACGAUGGAGGGGAGGGUAGUGAAGGCACGGGUGACGUGGGAGCCAGCCCAAUGGGGGAGGCAAGCCCAGGCAGUAGCUCGGGCCAGCCCACACCAGCGGGGGUACCCAUCGCAACAAGAACAUCUGUCAAGGCUACUUUGUUUUGCGAAUGUCUUGAGAAGAAAGCAAAUCAAGCUAAGAAGGCUGCGCAACAAGCCAAGAAAGAUGUGCAGAUAGCAAGACUGUCUAUCACAUCUGGCAAGGUGGACGACAUCACUGAAGGUGAUGAACACUGA